UCCCAUAAUUCCCCAAAAUCUCACUUCCCAUGAAAGCAAACAUGGCCGAUUUAAACAAAUCAAACCCCCUGAGCUCUGCUCAACAAAACAAAAAAAGGGCCCGAUCCGAGAAUUGGAGCCCUGAUGAAAAAGCUCUGCUUGCGGAGAUGGUUGAGGAGAAUUUCGGUAUCCUCCUUAACAAAAAGACAAAUGUGGAAACCAAUGCGAAAAAGCAGAAGGUGUGGGAGGGCAUUGCCCUUGCUGUCACUGCACUUGGGACUAGCACCAGGACCUGGGACCAGUGCAGGGACAAGUGGCACAAGAUGUGUACGAGUGGGAAAGAGUAUAUAUCGAAGAAGAAGAGAGCGGCCAGUAAGACUGGGGGUGGCCCAGCUAUGGAAGAGGACACCGAGGACCCUCUUUUGGAGAAGGUGGGUGCCCUCCACAAAGGCAAUCCAUCUUGGCAUGGCAUUCGAGGAGGGAGUGAGACUGGCCCCACAUCAUCAUCAUCAGCAACAGCCCUACCAGCACCUCGUCCAAGUCCACAGGCAUCAACAUCAGCCACUGCAGCAGCCAAAUCUGAUUAUGUUCCCGUGUGGGAAGUAGGCGACAAAUUAGAUGAGCUGGAGAGGAAGUGCGCCGAAUUAAAUGCCCAAUUCUCCCCUGUGACAACUGACAAGUUUCAUAUCGACUUCCAGCAAUCUGAGCUGAAAGAUCGUGAAGAUGAUGCCGGGAAAUGUCAGCAAGGGAUAUGGCAGCGUACAUUGAGGGCAGAGGGUCAAAGCUGA